ACAGAAUUUCCUUGAAUAGAUACUUCCUCGAAUUGUUCAAACAGAAAUUAUCAAUAUUAUUUAUAGCAUAAACUACACGAACAAGAUAAAUAUUAAAAAUGAAGACAAAAAAUGAAAAUGAUUUAUCUGAAACAUGGAAUUUAUAAAUGGAUAUUAUGAGUUAUAGUCUUAUUUUCUCUUCUAAACCAGUGCAAACAUAUAUAACCGAAAAUAAAUAAUAUUGAUAAUUUCUGUUUGAACAAUUCGAGGAAGUAUCCAUUCGAGGAAAUUCUGUUCGAGAAAACUUCAAUCGAGCAAAUUAUUUUCGAGCAAACAGUUUUCGAGGAAAUUUCAUUCGAGCAUAUUUGCCAAACCCCAAUAUUGUACUAACGAAAGUGCAUGAUUGAAUAGUCCAAAGUAGAGUCCUGCAGGUUCCCAAAAACGCUUUUUUCGGGUUCGGUUCGGGACAGGUUUCAAGUGUACGGGUUUGGACCGGGAUUGGGUUUCUUGUUUAAAGAAACACGAACCUGAUUAAAUUUUGCAUUAUUUUUUUCAGAUAGACCUUUUACUAUUUUAUUGAAGACAAAAAUAAGAAAAGAUCUGUAAGAUCCUAAUAAGAAACAUCUGUUCCUGAGACUGCUAAACGUUCACAAAAGUAGAAAUAGAAAAAAAACUCAUUUCUUAAAUCUGCUCAUUUUCAGUGUCAUUAAAACUACCAUCAUUCUGAUUGAGUUUCUGCUUCUUGACUGUUAAUUGUUUAUGCUCGUCAUUUACAUUUACAUCUGACUGUUUGCGCUUAUCAGUAUUAUUCAUCGAUAUUUGUGUAUCGAAACAUUUUAAUAAAGACAAAUUUUUCUUAAGAAACAUUAACUUGUUAAUGUGAAAGAGGGCACUGCUUUACUGAAAAGAUCUUUUUCGGGUUCGAAUUUACUUUUCAAAAAUCGGGAUCGGAUUUCCAAAAAAAUUUUUACGGGUUAGGGUUCGGGACGAAUCUUAAAUCUACGGAAGCGGAUCGGGUUCGGAAUGGAAAAUAUCAGACCCGCAGGACUCUAGUUCAAAGUGUCCACUCUGAGAAUCCACACUGUUUUUGCAAAUAUGAAAGGUUUCUGAGAGUUUAUGACGAAGUUUUUCCAAAAGGUCCUAAAAACUACUUUUUCUGAAAUUCUGAUAUUCUAGGAAGAUGUCAAAAUGAAAAAAGAUUUCAAUAAUGCUAGUUUGUAGAGGAAACAUUUCUAGUUAAAAUGAGAUGUCUCCCAGCUUUGAUCAAAAGUUAUAGCGGUUUUACUAAGAGCCCUAAAAUCUAUACUAUAAACUGAUGCUAUCAUAUCCCAUAAUCUCUUUUUACGACUACAGCGUUUCGUACUUCCAAGAUAUCUCCGUCAUUUUUUAAGCUGAAAAUUCUGAAUUGGUCGCAAAAAGUAGAGAAAUGUUUUUUCUAUGUUGUGAUGUUAUUGGAUUUUUCAAUUUAAGUUUAGUUUAGGAGAAGUUUAAAAUGUUUUCGAAAAGUUAGAUUUUUUCAUCACUAAUAUCAGGACAGCUCUGGAAAAACAAAUGAUAAAAGGUUGACGUUAUUAGAAUGACUAAGUUACCUCAAGGUAUACAUCCUCUGAAAUUUUCAUCAAGAUUGAAUGUUCGUGAACGAAAAUAGGUUUCUGAGUGAGUGCGGACCCUUAAUAUAUCAUAUUUCAAUUAGGAUUUUCACGAUUUAUGCCUUCAAUACUGCACCAUUAAUCUUUUUAACUGAACUACAUGAGACUUACAAGAGAAUGAAUUUCACAGCGAAAAAUGUCAAAAAAGCGUCUGUAGAGCAUAAAUUACACUAAACACAAAAUUAGACAUUUUUUGUAAAUUCUUCAUUAAUUUCCACUACAUUAGUAAUAAAAAUGGAUCGUACUAUCGGACUUAUCUGUGAUUAGGCAUAUCGCGAGUCUUCGGUAUCACUAGUUUCAACAAACAGUGUGAGAGAUUUUUAAUGUUACUGAGAUACAUCUACAUAAAUAUAAUGUGUAGUUUUUAAACAAGUACAAGAAAAAAAAAAUUUUUUACUUAUUAAAAUUUGUCUUUCUAAACAAUCGAACAGUAUGUAUUGACUAUACAUAAUAUUUCUCUGUUCUAUGCAGGUAAAUCAGAAAUAUUGAAAAAAGUAGCUGAAUUUGUUGGUAUAACAAUGAUCUCUUUACCACUAUCUGCUGGCGAAUUAAAUCGUCCAUUAGUUGGUGAAACAGAAAAGAUUCUAAUGAAUAUGAUGAAUCGUGCCAAAUUAAUUCCAUAUUUAAUAUGUGCAAUGACAGUUGAUGAAAUAGAUGGUCUUGCACCAAAACGUGAUGGUAAUGCUCAACAAUCAAAAGUUGAUGGUAUUAGUGUAUUAUUAUCACAUAUUGAAGGUAUUAAAGAUGUACCAAAUUUAAUUAUAUUAGGUGCAACAAAUCGUCGGCAAAUGAUGGAUGAUGCAUUUUUACGUCGUAUGCAAACAAAAUGUUUUGUUGGUCGACCUUCACCAAAAACACGUAAAAAAUUAUUAAUACCAUUAAUGGUUAAAAAUCCAGAGAUAUUUAGUACUGAACAAUUAGAUUUUUUAAUAAAAAUCACAACAAAUUUUAGUGGAGCAGCAUUAUCCUUAUUCAAAGGUGAAAUUUUAUCUGUUAUGAAUAGUAAUAUGAAUGCAUCUAUUCGUAAUGAUGUACAAAUAGAUAUUAAUCAACAAUAUUUAUUAAAAGUAAUUGAUCGAAUUGCUCGUGAUAAUAAUAUUUGGUUUGGUUUUACAACAUUACCAGAAAUAUAUCAAUUAAAUGCAUCCGUAUUUGAUCAAUGUCAAGAAAAAUAUUCAUUAGUAUUAAAAGAUUUAAAACCGACUGGUAGAAUAUUAGUUGAUUUACAAGAUAAAAAAAUUUUUAUUGAACAAAUACAACCAUUAUAUACAAUUGAAAUUGAUUUAGAUCCAACAGAAAUAUCAUUAUUACAAUUAUUAUCAAGAUUCAUUCAUGGAUGUUUAUCACGUAAUAUUGAUACAAUUCAAGUAAUUGAUCGUAAUUAUUUAUCAAUUCAUAAUGCAUUUGAUGAUAAACAAAUAUUUGAAUUAUUAUAUUCAACAUUAAUGGAAUGUGAUGAAUAUAAUCGUCAAAUGGUUAUAUUUGAUAUUGAUUCAUUAAUUAUGUUAAAUGAAUCAAAUUCAGAUAAAACAAAAUCAAUAUCAAUAUCAAAUAUAUCAUUGUAUCAAGCAGUUAGAGAACAAUGUAAAAAAACAUUUAUCAAUGAUAAUAAAGAAAAAUGGAUUGUUAUUAUUGUUAAACAUCCAAUAUUAAAAAAUUCAUUAUGUCAAGAUAUUGCUUUUAAUAAAACAGAAAAACAAAUAAAACAAGAACAAGAUGAUGAACAACAGCGAUUAAAUGAUAAAAAAGAAAAAAAAUGUCCUAAAUGUUUAAACAUCUAUCAAAAAUCUGAAUAUGGUAAUACAUGUAAUUAUCAUGAUGGAUUUUUAUAUAAUUUAAAGACAAAUGAUAUAACGACAGCAUUAAAAGCAAGUGAAAUUGUAUUUCAAGCUGAAUUCGAAAAAUAUGUACAUACAAAUAAUGGUGAAAAUGAAGAUGAUAAUCAAAAUGAAACACCCAAAUUUAAAUGGAUAUGUUGUUUAAAAGAUUUUAAUGGUACACAAGGAAAUGGAAAUGGUUGUGUACGUGGCCAAUGUGGUUUACCAAAACAAUUACAAGAAGCAGAAAAAUCGCUGAGCGAUGAUGAAUCUAUUCGAUUAGUGCAAGAUUAUUAUUUAAAUAAUCCAUCUUAUCUACAAAAAAGAAUAAUGUUUACACAACAACAACAACAACAACAACCUCAUGCUACACUAACUACUGCUGCUGUUUUUUCUACUAAUAGAACCACUACUUCAAACAUUAUCUGA